AUGGAUCAAUCUAAUCAGAUUGUUUAUGCUGAAAGACCAUUUAUAUAUACUGUUCGUCAACAAGUCGAAAUGAAAUUAAAUAGUACAGCUAUUGGGAAAAAACAAAAUGAAUCAUUUACAAUCACAUGGCGUAUGGUGGAUGUAAAUCCUGGCGAAGAAUUGACAUUCUAUUUAGAUAUUCAAGGCGAUAGAAUUGAAUAUGAUCAUAAGAUAUUACCUAAUUCAGAUUAUACGACAGAUAAUAUUACAUAUGAAGGAUUCACAGGAAAUUAUUAUGGAAUGAUGCCUAUUUCGAUAAGUGCUUUUGCUGGAGAUUCAUUUCUUACAUCCGAAACUUUUACAGUUCUAGUUAACUCCCCACCGAAGUUUGAGAUUCUUGAUUAUUCAUCUUCAUUAAGUGUAGGUGAGAAUUUCACAAUUAGAGGAAAAGCAAUAGACGAAGGACAGGUAAAAAUAGAAAUAAGAACAGCUUCUGGCUAUAGUAUAUAUACUCAAGAUUCAGUAACUUCAGACUAUUUUAUAUGA